AUGCCCUGGCUUCUGCUUUUCGUCUGCCUCAGCAGCGUGCUCACGCCAGCACUGCCAAUCGCCCUAAAUCCCUGUUCUGCCUACAUCAGUCUGAAUGAGCCAUGGAGAAACACUGACCACAAGCUGGACAAGUCCCAGGGGCCCCCUCUCUGUGACAACCACGUGGACGGGGAGUGGUACCGCUUCACUGGCAUGGCCGGGGACGCUAUGCCCACCUUCUGCAUACCAGAAAACCACUGUGGGACCCACGCGCCUGUCUGGCUGAACGGCAGCCACCCGCUUGAAGGCGACGGCAUUGUGCAGCGGCAGGCCUGUGCGAGCUUCAGCGGGAACUGCUGCCUCUGGAACACCACGGUGGAGGUCACGGCCUGCCCCGGGGGCUACUACGUGUACCGCCUGACCAAGCCCACGGUCUGCUUCCACGUCUACUGCGGCCAUUUCUACGAUAUCUGUGAUGAGGACUGUCACGGCAGCUGCCUGGACACUAACGAGUGCACAUGCGCCCCAGGCAGCGUGCUGGGCCCUGACAAGCAGACAUGCUUCGAUGAAAAUGAAUGUGAGGUAAACAACGGCGGCUGCAGCGAGAUCUGCGUGAACCUCAAAAACUCCUAUCGCUGCGCGUGUGGGGUCGGCCGGGUGCUCAGAAGUGAUGGCAAAACUUGUGAAGAUAUUGAGGGAUGCCACAACAACAAUGGCGGCUGCAGCCAUUCUUGCCUUGUUCUCCAGAAGGGCUACCAGUGUGAGUGUCCCCGGGGGUUGGUGCUGUCUGAGGACAACCACACUUGCCAAGUCCCUGUGUUGUGCAAGUCGAACACCAUAGAAGUGAACAUCCCUCGGGACUUGGUGGGUGGCCUGGAGCUCUUCCUGACCAACAGUUCCUGCCGAGGAGUGUCCAACGGCACCCAUGUCAACAUCCUCUUCUCCCUCAAGACAUGCGGCACGGUGGUAGAUGUGGUGAACGACAAGAUCGUGGCCAGCAACCUUGUGACGGGCCUGCCCAAGCAGACCCCCGGGAGCAGCGGGGACAUCAUCAUCCGAACCAGCGAACUGCUGAUCCCUGUAACCUGCGAGUUCCCACGCCUCUACACCAUUUCUGAGGGCUAUGUCCCCAACCUCCGGAACGCCCCGCUUGAAAUCCUGAGCCGCAACCAUGGCAUCUUCCCCUUCACCCUCGAGAUCUUCAAGGACAAUGAGUUUGAAGAGCCCUACCGGGAAGCUUUGCCGAGCCUCAAGCUCAGGGACUCCCUGUACUUCGGCAUUGAGCCCCUGGUGCACGUGAAUGGCCUGGAAAGCCUGGUGGAGAGCUGCUUCGCCACCCCCACGUCCAAGAUCGACGAGAUCCUGAAGUACUACCUGAUCCGGGACGGCUGCGUUUCCGAUGACUCAGUAAAGCAGUACACGUCUCGGGAUCACCUAGCGAAACACUUCCAGGUUCCUGUCUUCAAGUUCGUGGGCAAGGACCACAAGGAAGUAUUUCUGCACUGCCGGGUUCUCGUCUGUGGAAUUCUGGAUGAGCAGUCCCGCUGUGCUCAGGGCUGCCACCGCCGAAUGCGUCGGGGCCUGGCAGAAGGAGAGGGCACAGCAGGUCUGCAGAGCCAGGUGUUGACAGGCGGUCCCAUCAUCAUUGACUGGGAGGACUCGUGA